AUAAAGUUGGGGUGGUUGUGUUGCCAGAUUUCCAUGAUGAUGCCUAUUGCGCGGCCGACGAGGGCGCCGAUGGCCAUGGAGGGGAGGAUGAUACCGGCGGGGAUUUGAAGACCAAAGGUGAUGGCCGCGAGGAAGAAGCCCAGGACCGCGGCGAAGAUGAGGAGGAUGAUUGUGCCUGCUGAGGCGGCGCCUGUCUUGCAGAGGCCGAAUUGGUCGUCUGUGAGCUUUGAGCACUCGGAGAAGAGGUUGGAGACAAGAUCGGAGCACUGGGCUCGCAUGUAGUUGUUGGGGUAGUUGAGAAGGGCCGUCAAAAUCGCCACGGCAACUACUUGGAUGACCGGGCCAGGAAGCCAGGUUGCCGACUUUCUCCAUCUUGCAACCCACAUGUUUGCUUUGAUGAACAGCCCUCCAUACACACCCCCGAGAAGACCGAGGAGGACAAACGGGACAAGCUCAAAGCCGUGCCACACCGAGCUGUAGGUUACCUGGUACAUGACCAGCUUCCCCGAUCGAAACGGGUCAAAAGCUUCCAACACCAUGGCAGCUGUCAUGGCACACACAAAGCUCUGCCACAUGGUCUUGUCGGGGAAAUAGUACGACAGUUGCUCAAGACUGAAGAGCACACCCCCGAUGGGCGACCCAAAAGCAACCGAUAUCCCCGAAGCCGCAGCAGCGGACAGGACCUCUCGUUUUCGAGCUAUGUCCCAAGUUAGCUUUCCCCCAACCGAACAACAACCCGGACCAACAUACAUACCCUCAUUGUUAUUAAUACUCGGAAACAACUUGAUAAACAAGUUCGCACAGCAACAAGCAACAUGCACCAGCGGCCCCUCCUUCCCCAACCACAUCCCCGAAGCCACCGCUAACACCAACCCCAAGCUCUUCGUAAUCAACGUCCACAACCCCAAAAACCUCCUGAUAAUAAACCCACCCAGCACCGUCUUGAUCUCAGGAAUACCAGAAUGCUUAGCAUAAACAGCAUACUCCUUCACCAACAAGCUCGCCGACAGCGCAAACAUCACCGCCAACACCAAGUAAACCGCAUACUCCACAAACCAAACACCCCCCCUUGACGUCGCCCCCAGCGCAUUCCCCCACGUCUUCCACCCCUGACAUUUACUAAUCUCAUCAUACCCAUAACAACAAGCAGUUUUACUCAGGUAAAAAGCCCCCCCAUCCGUCGUCGAACAAAACCCAUACUUGAUAUCCCCCAGCCAAUCCGUCGUGACGUCUAUCCCCGCCGUCAAAGUCCCCACCGCCAAGCCAGAUAAUAUGAGAAUGACCCAUACUUGUGAGGCAUCCAACACCCGUUGUAAGAACCCCAAUAAAGGAAACCCAAGAGAGGUCGUCCGUGAGAGUAAUGAUCUCUGUCGCUGGCGCUCUUUGGUGUACUCGAAGAUCCAAUCGAUGGCUGUCAGGUCUUCGUAUCCUACUCUCCUUCCUGGCCCUUCGGCGAGCCAAUCUGUGGGUAAUGAGUCUGAUUUGGAGCCUCCAUUUCCGGGGAUGUAGUCUAGUCUUGUUGCGCCGGUGGGGGGUUGUAUUGGUGGUGGUGGUGGGGGGAUGUCGGCGCUGUUUCUUGGGGGGUUUGCUCGGCCGGUGAGGGCGUUGAAUAACCUGGCUGGUUGAGAGAAGAUGCCCGUUUGUUUCUGCUUGCGCUUGAAGGAGAGGGGUUGUUGUUGUUGUUGUUGGUGGUGGUGGUGGUGGUGGUGGGAGAGGGGGUCGUUGUCGAGGAUGGCGGCUGUGUCGGUGUCGUCGAGGAGGUCUAGUUCGUCGGCGUCGGAGGUGGCAUAGUGGUGGUCGUUGUUGAAGGGGGGGAAGGGUUCGGAACUCGAGGAUCCGUUGUUAAUCGGGGACAUGGUGGGCUGCAUAUGCCAUUCUUGAUUGCGGCGGACGAGGGCUGGUUUUGCGAUUGGGAGGUUCUGGAGGGUGGAUCGCGUUGGCUGAUGGGACUUGGUCUUUGGAUGCGCGUCUCCUGAUCUUAUGUAAGUUGCUGCGCUGGGUAUGCGCGGCGGGGCACCGUUGUUCGUCGUCGAUGUCAACUGGGAUGGCUGGUGAAGAAGAUGGUGGACAGGAACGACAGCUAUUAGUAUCUUAUCGAUUGCGCACGUUGUUGCGGCCAAGGUCUGUGCACUCUUGGCAACCUUAAAUCGAACUUGGAUCAUAAUGGCUUUCUCGACUGGUUUUAUAAUUUUCAACAGUGGCAGACAAGAUGAGUGAAACGAUGCCAUCAACAGCUGAGGAACAGCAGGAUCCAGCUGCCUCGCUACCAAAAAUCCAGACCCUACUCAGCGCAAAGGACGACACAUCUCGAUUCGUUGGGCUGGCACUGCUCAAGUCUGUCCUGGAUAAUACACCAGAACUAAGGGCAAACGAAGAUGCAAUCGCCAGCUUGUGGAACAGUAUUCCCCGAAAGUUCCUGGAUCGUCUGAUUCGGACUGGGUCGAAACAGCAAGCAAAAGGCACCAAUGAUAUGUUGGAUCUUGCUGUUUCUGUCCUCCACACCUUCACUGUGCUAUUACCAGAGAAGUCAAAACAGGAAAGCAAGUUGGUAAACAGGAUACCUCAGUUGGUGGCUUGUCUUUUGUACUGUUCUGAUGAAACUACUAAACUGGUCCUUGAGACUCUUGUGAGCCUAGUAAACCAGCCUGAGGGUGCUGAGGUCUUUGACUCUAUAGACGACUUGUCGACUUUGACUGAAAUUGCACCUUCUCAGCCUCUCGUCCUGGACACUUUGUAUUACGCGUGGCUAGGUGCCAUGGCUACAAUAUCAGACAAGAAGGCUCUGCGCGCCAAGAUUAACCAGGCCAUCGGAUCACUGGUCAUUUCUUUCAAAGGCACUGAUGGCGUCACUUUGUUGAAGUUUUUGGGAAAUUUUCUUCCAAGACUCGAUCCAGAGCUGCUCCCACCCAACCCGAAAUGGCUUACACCACUGGCCAAGUUCGUGAGAGACCUUGUCAUAAGUCGUCCUACUGCCGACGGCCGCGCAGCUUUUGCCAACCUCUCCGCCGCUCUCCUCGAAUCUUACCCAGUACAAUCGCCUCAACUUCUCUUUGCCGACGAUGUCGACAGCAAAUCAACAGCUACAAGCGAAAGUCCAUUUGCGUUUCUACUAGUCAACCUACUUCUCAUCGACAUUCGCUCGACGAUACCGACUCUUUUAGGGCUGCUAAACAGCCCAUCCUACAGCAUAAUAGCUCAGCGGCUCACCUCUGCCUAUAAUGUUGUCUCCAACUUUAUGGGCUAUCUCCUCCGAACACUGGAGGCGUUAGACAGCGGUGAAACCAGCAACAAUCAGUGGAUCAUGAAGCCUGACUUGCUGCUCAAGCUUCGCACAUCCAUCUCAGAAACCAUGUCACUCACGGCCGAAUACCUUCGUGACCGCUGGGACGCCUCUAUAGCUGGUGCCAUGGGCUUGCAUCCCGAAGCACGAACCGGGGCUGCCAACGAAAGCGGCAUUUCGCAUUUUGCUCUGGCGUGGGACUCCAAGAGUGUACACUCCAGCCAAGACCCAUUGAUACUUGCAGCCAUAAGAACACUGGCAAUUUGGCUGAGAGAAGACGACGGCGAACAGCUAAGAAAAGAAGCAGCCGGGUUAAGCGACAUGUUUGUCGAGCUCUAUCAAACCAGCAGCAGCCCUGAGAAAGGUCUGGACUUUAGAAGACCAGUCCUCGUGGCAUUCGAGGGCAUCCUGGAAGAAAGAAAAGGCAGGGAAGCCUUUUUGGAAAAUGGAGGGUGGCAAGCGCUGGUCAACGAUCUCGGCAACACCCUCCAAGCCAGUUCAACGACAAGUGAUGAAAACGAGGCCGCACGAGGGGUGGAGAUUGUGAGGAACUUGCUUCAGAUUGCCGAGGCGGAACAACCAGGCACUCGGGAGGACUGGAUGGACUUGGUCACUAAGACGGCAGCGUGGGUGAUUCCGGAUGAGAAGCAGCCGCCGAUGGUGGAGGAGUUCCAGGUGACCGUGCUGCAGCUUGCCACGGCGCUGUUGGUGAAUGCCCAUCCGGGUCUUCGCAGGAGGUACACUCAUUCUACCACUGCGAUUAUUGGCAUUGCGAACCAGCUGCGGGACAAGGUGAAGAGGGAUGAGGGGCUGGUGGAGGCCCUCUCGGAUGUACUCGAGACUUUGACCGCGUUGCGUCAGUGA